CAAAAAUCUUUUAUCCUCAAUGUCAUAAAGACCACCUGUCCCAUAAAGUAAUAUAGACAUCUAAAUCAUUAGAUUAAGCACCUUAACCAUAAUAAUAUCCACCAGCCCCAUAAUAUGCUCCAACAUUAGCUCCAUAAUAUGCUCCAACAUAUGCUCCAUAAUAUGCUCCAACAUUAGCUCCUUAAUAUGCUCCUCUUACAAGCUAUGUUCCACAACAAUAUGCACCUGCUCCUAUUGCACCACUCACAUAUAGUGUUGCCAGACCUGUUGCUCCAGUUGUUGCUUAACCAGUUGUUGCUCAACCAGUUGUUGCUUAACCAGUUGUUGCUUAACCAGUUAUGUAAGCCCCCGUUUUGUAAUAAUCUGUCAUUGCUCAGCCAGUCGUUUAAUAAUCAGUUCAUGUAUAAAUAUUCAAAUCUAAAUUUUAAGGCAACUAUUAAAGGAGAAUCAAGAAUUGAAUAUAUUCCUUAUCAAAAAGCUGUUAUGGAAUAUGAAGAAUAAGAAGUUGUUUAAUAUGUCCCAAGAGAAAGAAAAGUUACAGAUUAUUAUGCAGUUGAAUAUUAGACCGAAUAUAUCCCAUAAGUCUUCUAAGAAAAAUACACAGGUAUGUAAUUAUUAUAAAUUUAGAAUACGUACCAGUUGACAGAUAUUAAGAAAGAGUUGAAUAUUAUCCAGUUGAAAAAUAAGUUGUUCAUGUAUAAAAAUUGUUUUAAUUAAUUUUAGCAAUAAGUUCAACCAGUAGUAUAACAAGUUGUCUAAUAACCAGUUGUUCAAUAAGUUGUUUAACAACCAGUUGUUUAAUAAGUUGUUCAAUAACCAGUUGUUUAAUAAGUUGUUCCUCAACCAGUUGUUUAAUAAGUUGUCUAAUAACCUGUCAGUGUUGUCUAACCAGUUUAAUCUGUUCCAGUGACAUAUGCACCAUAAUAUGCUGCACCAUAAUAUGCUGCACCAAUUGUCUCAUCAAGAGUUGUACCAUCAUAUCCCUAAUAUCCAUCAUAUCCAUCAUAUCCUUAAUAUCAACCAGCACCCUAAUAAGUCUAACCAUAAUAACAACCACCAAGAUCUAAUUUGAAUGUUGCUUGAAAUAUUAAGUGCACAUAAAUAAAUUAUAUU